AUGUCGUCUCUGAGGUUCAGCCUGGAUUUUAAUAGCACCCUUUUCCCGCAUGACGUCACCGUUUUGUUGAGAAAACACGAGCCUCCAACACCAGAUACUCAUGAUUGGACAACGACCCUACCAGUUCCAGAGGAUGAGCUCUUCACCGUCCCAUGGAUAAACGGAACAUUAUUGGCAUCCAGUGCUUACCAAUGGCUGCUGCCAGAAGAUCAGAUUGCCAUCUCAGAUGCCGACGUGGACGGAAACAACAAGACGGACUAUUUUAUAGGAAUUCGUUUCGGCUCUGAGGUUCAUCACACCAGCGAUGAAAUUGUCAAUUUCACUCUGUACGCCUUUGAGACAGCCUGUGUCUACUUUGAAGAAAACCAAACCCACUUGUGGCAAAGCGAAGGCUGUAGAGUCGGCCCGAUGUCUAACAUAACCCACAUCCACUGCCAGUGUGAUCACCUGACAAAAUUCGCUGGUUUCGUGCCACCAAAUCCACUUAACAUCCAGGAAGCUCUCUCUGUAAACAUCUUGGAGAAUCCGAUAGGGCUAAUCCUGGUACUCACCGUGUUCGCUUCUUAUCUGCUCGGCAUUAUAUGGGCCAGGAAAGCUGAUAGAAAAGAUCUCGCUAAGGCUGGGGUAGGACUACUGCCUGGUCACAAGCUGAACCCUCGCCAGGAUUGUCAAUACGUCAUCACAGUAUACACUGGAUUCCGGGGCAACGCAGGAACAACCGCUGAGGUUACGUUGGUGCUCUACGGUAGCCAGUGCGAGAGCCCUCCCUUAACACUGAGGGACGACAACCGGUGCCUGUUUGAACAAGGAAGUGUGGACUCUUUCCUGGUGUCAUCAGAAGAACCGCUAGGAGUCCUCACUCACAUGAGGGUGUGGCACAACAACGCAGGAUUCAGCCCAUCAUGGUACCUAAGUCAGAUCGUUGUAACUAAUAGAGGAACAAACGUCACGACCUAUUUCCUAAGUAACAGGUGGCUCGCUGUUGACGAAGAUGACGGAAGGAUAGAGCGUCUCAUUCCUACAGCCGGGGAGGAGGAAAUGACUAAAUUCCGCAACUUAUUCCUCGCAAAAAGUACAAGGGACGUGAAUGAUGGCCACCUUUGGUUCUCCGUUGCUGGCCGCCCUGCCCGGAGCCCGUUCACUCGUGUCCAGCGCCUGUCCUGCUGCCUGACGCUGCUCUACAGCACCAUGCUCACCAACAUCAUGUUCUUCGGCCGUGGAGACGAUUUCGAACCCCCCGAGCCUCUCAGGAUAGCUGGCGUGGAGAUUGACUCUCCGAUUUCACUACCACAGCUGAUGAUCGGCAUACAGAGUGCGGUCAUCAUCCUACCAGUCAACCUCAUCAUCGUCUUUCUCUUCCGCAACUCGGGGACACUAAAGACAAAAAAGAGUGACGAUAAAAAGUCAAACUCGGAGCUAGGCAGACGUGUUUUGAAAUUAUUACACCGAAGACCUAGACAUAAACAAAACUUCAUCUCUAACAAUCCUGACACACCGUCAUAUUGGUAUUCAAGAGAUCGGCCAGUAACAUAUGACAAUGAAAAAGACCACAAACUCAGAGUUCUGCAGUCUUCGUUAAAUAUUGAUAUUAAAGACUGUCAUAAGAAAAAUGACCAAUAUGAAGAUGACGUUGGCCGUGGACAAAAACCGUCGCUACCCUGGUGGUUUGUGCUUAUAGGAUGGCUGCUUGUGUGGUCUGCGAGUUUCGUGGCGGCCUUCUUCACAGUUCUGUACACCUUGAGUGUCGGCAAAGCGAAAGCGGAGGCCUGGGUCUGCACGUUCGUGACGUCAUUCGUCACUGACCUGUUUCUAGUACAACCUGUCAAGCUGCUACUGGUGGCGAUAAUCUUUUCAUUACUCACCAAGAAACCUGUUGAGGAUGAGGAUCCGCCCCCGAGAACAGCAGCAGACGACGAAGACUAUCUAAUAUCCAACGAGGUAGCAACCUGUUUCAAAAUCUUGAAAAAUGUUUAA